AUGUCACUCAUCACAAGGAUAUUCUUCAACAUAUUGCCACUGGUUGUGGUUGCUCAAACCCCGCCCGAAUUCUCGCCUUCGUGCACAAAAUCACUCGAUGUGACUUAUUCGAACAAUCAGCACGUCCGUCCCGGUCAAAAUUUACGUCAAAGUGAUGUUAUAAAACAGCCCGUCUUGAGACCCACACAUCUUCAACCAGAUACCAAUUAUAUCGUUUUCUUGAUUGACCCUGACGUUGUCCACAAUUACAACGCCACAACCAUUCUCCAUUGGUACCAACCAAACUGUCACGUAUCUCAAUCUACUGGAGAUUUCGUAAUACCCACAAAUGAUGGUGCCCAAUAUGUUGGCUCGCAACCCCCCCAGGGAGAAAAGCAUCGUUAUGUAUUUCUGCUUUUCGAACAGCCUCUGAAAUACAUUUUCCCGCAAUGUUUCGAAAGUGUAUUUCCCGUCUCUGUAGCUGCGAGGUCUGGGUUUGACAUUACAUACUUUAUGGAAAUUGCCGGGCUCGGAAGCCCCGUUGCGGGGAAUUGGUUUUCUGUCGAUAGGCCUGGCGAGGCUAGCACGACCAGAAUCAUUACCACAACAAGUCUUAGUCGGGCCCCAUGUAAGGCAACACAGGAAGUUGGGCACUUGUGA